CUAGGAAACGUUUGUAAAAUAGGCUAUUUCUUUCAAAUUUUAGAAGAUCCUCAAGAAUUAGUAAAAUGGUGUGAAAGAGAAUAUAAAAAAUUAGAAGGAAAGAAACUUCGUCUAAGUGGUGGAGAUUCAAUCAAACAAGAAGUUUUUA